AUGAAAGAAACUCUAUUGGAAAACGAAUUUAAAGAACCAAAAGUGAUGAUAAUACAUCUAAAUUUCAUUUUCUUUAGGUUAAUAAGUAGAUUUGCAUACUAGAAAGAAACAGUGCCGUUUAUAAAUCAUACUUUUAAGUGGAGUACUACUAAUAUACUCUGUCUUAAAAAAAAAGAUAUAACUCCACAAGAUCAAGCUAUCUUUUUUAAUAAAGGCUCAGAAAUUUUAAAAUCAAUUUUUAAGCUGAUUAAGGUUUCAUUAAAGAGUUUAGAGAAUACAAAAAAAGUAUGUUCCGAAAACUCAAUUUAGCAGAGCCUUUUUAACUUCUAGGAGAGAACAUUUCUAUAAAGAUGUAUAUUUUGAAGUAUUUAAGUUAUGAUAGAAUCAUACUCCUGCACCUGGAGUCUACUCAGAUUAAUUAUUAAUAACUGAACCAGGUCAAUCAAUUGAGUUUAAUAAAAAUCCAUAAAUGAUAAAUUCAUUGUCUUCAAUUUUUUAGAGGGACAUUUCCCAUUUCCAAUUUCGAAUGAAUGACAAUUCACCUGAUUUAUAGAGAACCAUAAGUAGGAAUAAGGCAUGUUAAAGAAGUAAUUUUUUUAUAUCGAGAUUCAGAAGGAGAACAUGGUAUUUUGAAAAGGUUUAUAGUGAAGAAACUUAAAUAAAAAAAACCUAAUGAUGAAUAAAAAAUGACAGAGAGAAUGAGUACUUUUUAUAUGAGUAAUAACAAUAUGGGAAAUAAAGACAAAAUAUAUUUAUAAAGAUUAGAUUAUUAUAGAAUAAUAGAUAGCAGUAAUGAGAUAAAGAAGUUAGAAUAACCAGAUGCUCUUGAUAAUAAUUGGAGUAAGAUUUUAUAAAUAUAAAUAAUUAAUAUAUAAAGAGCGAUAUGGUUUUAAGAAAUUAAAAGGAGGUAAAAUUAAAAAGUAAAGAUUGUAAACAACUGCAAACGGAUGAAAUAUUAACUUUAAUUUGUUUAUUUAUUGAUUCUUUUUGAUUCAUACUUCAUUUUAUUUGUUUUGAGAUAAUGA